AUUCAACAUAUUAAAUUAUUAAGACAACUCACCACUUUCACUCUCACCUCCUCAGUCACUCGUUUCUGCUGCUCCUCCUCUUCGUCACUUCGUUUCUGUCUCCUCAUACUCUCCAUAGUUGUACCGACUAGUACUUCCUGUUGGUGAUGCCAAACAUCCCCGACAAUCCGCUGAACAUUCAUCCCUAGGGAUUCUACCGAGAGCAAAUCAGUACGACAUAUACCCCCGCCCGGAUGCCAGUCUUCUGACUACAGGCUAGCCAUCGCUGCCAUCCAAUGUUCAGAUCCAAACUUCUGACAGCUAUCAACAUCUGGCCAUAGCUCUCGUAGAGGUGCAAGCACACACACGCACACGCACAGGUGAGGAAAGAGGCUCUUGUCACGGAGCACUCCUGGAGGUCGUACCCCAGACCAAAGAUAGCCCUCGCCAGCGCCUCAAACACCGGGGCCACCCGCGCCACUCUAAGCAUGACGCCGACUGUCCGUGUCCGUGCUACUUCUACUCCUCCGGGUGUGGAGUCUCUGUACGAAUUACGAUCGGAAUGGAGCGUCUGGAGAAUCAACCAAAAAAUGGCCAUCUCUCUGGGUUCGAGGCAGGCGGCCGAUGAGGAGGCUCGCGCAGAGGUCGAGGUUCUGAACUCCCGACUGGAGAAGACCAGUCAAUUAACCAAGAAGAUUCAAGCGUCGCUGGCCCGCUUGGAAUCCAGUGGGAAAAGCGUUCAGGAUGCCGUCGGGCCCCUUUAUGGAAAUACCCAAAAGCUGCAGGUUUUAGGGACGAGUCAGUACUCCAUACAAGCCUACUACACAAAAGGUAUCUGCUCUAACAAGCUGCAGAUAUUGAUCAGGUUCUGAGUGCCAUCGAUCGAAUUCGGCAGCCAUCCGACAUCAAGAGCAAUGAGGAGGAGAUUAUUCGGAAGGGGUGUGUAUUCCUCUGCCAGAGGGAAGAAUCAUCAUUAAUCAUUCUGAUAGCCCCGACAAGGUUGGCCUUUCGACCUUUCUCAGUUCCGUGAAGCGUGUCAACCAAGCAUUUUCCCAAAUGCAACAGACGAACCUUCGAUCGAAUCAGCAAGCAGCGGCCGACCUGAGCAGAUUAUUGAAAGCUGGAAAUGCACAACUGGAGGGUCAUUUCCAGAGUUUACUACAAGAAGAUUCGAUGGAGGUGGAACCCUUACAUUAUAUCACCAAGGACAAACCAUUUCCGACGCUAUCUCAAGACAAAACAACUAGAUUGGGAUUGAUCAGUUCAUAUAUUGCUUCUACGGCACGGCAAAGUCGAGGGGACUCACCCAUUGCACAGGCAUACGCAAAUGUCAGGGGACCAUAUUUAUCUAACACUUUACAAAACUUGGCGUCUGCUUCCGUGAAUACAGCAAAGAAGAAGACGCCAGAUGCCGUUUAUCGACAGGGAACAAAUGGAAUGGCAACGUACGCGAAGGGAAUGGAGGGGGCUUUUCUCGCCGAAUACGACAAUAUAUGUGCACUAUUCUCGCGAGAAGAAUGGGGAAGAGUUUUCAAUUUGACCUGUCAAGGAGCCAUUUCAGAAUUGGCGAGGACGAUCAGGGAGCUUAAUGCUCAUAUCAAAAACAAUCUCACGACAGAUUGCUUUUUAUCCUAUGAAAUAGUCGAGGUUAUUUCAAGCUUAUCACAAGAUUUGGAGACUAGAACUGGGGAACUCAGGCCAUCAUUUUCAGCAGCUCUGAAGCCUAUGCGAGAAACCGCCAAGUCGUCACUCGGUGAAUUGCUUGAGGAUACAAGACGACGAGUCAAUGCUUUACCUGGAAUCCCACCCGAUGGAGCUGCUCUUCAAUUGACCUCAGAAACAAUGAUAAGAUUACAGAACAUGGUCGAAUUCCUGCGCCCAAUAUCCAGUAUCAUGAUAUCCCUUGGCGAUGGCGGAUGGAGGUCUAAUGUCUCACCUAAUCAAUCUUCAGAUCAUAUACCCAGUCUGAGUUCCUUCGAUGUUGGAGCGGAUGGCAAACAGCUAUUUGCCAAAUAUGGCAUUGAUACCAUUGACCAACUUCUUAACUGCCUGGACGCCAAAGCUAAAACAUUGGUCAAAGGCAAACCCGUCCUCGGAAUCUUCCUCGCCAACAAUGCCACAAUAGUCGAUCGAAUGGUCCGCCUCUCAGACCUUCAACCUCUUCUCGCGAACCGUAUGGCCAUAAUAGAAAGCCACCGCUCCAAAGCCCUCAAACUCUACACCUCAGCAUGGCGCGAACCAUCCACGUACCUCCUCGAUGUCCAGUACACGAACCGUGGUACACGACCACCCUCUGGCUCCGCUAAUGCCAUCGAUUCAGCUGCCAUCCUCAAAGGCCUAUCAAGUAAAGACAAGGACUCGGUAAAAGAGAAAUUCCGUCUUUUCAAUGCUAGUUUCGAUGAUUUGGUGCAGAAGCAUAAAGCUCUUAGCAUGGAACGGGAGGUCAGGGAGGUGACUGGAAGGGAGGUGCAGCAGAUGAUUGAGCCGCUUUAUUGUCGGUUCUGGGAUCGAUAUCAUGAGGUCGAUAAGGGCAGGGGGAAGUAUGUUAAGUAUGAUAAAGCAACUAUCUCGGCCGUGUUCUUGAGCUUAUCUUAGGGGACUCUCGUUGGAUUGAAGGGUACGGGGCGGGGGAGGUUUCAGGCUGUACGGGAAGUGUGAUAUAAGAGGUCUUCUUUUCCUUUUGCUUGAGAUG